CUCCGUGGGACCGCGCGGAGCAUCCGCCGCUGUGGUCGCCAUGGUCCGGGCCCGCAGCCCCGGGCCGCAGCCGCGCGCCCCCCCGGACCCGCCAGACCGUGCGACCCGCUGGAGGCUGGUUCUGCUCGGGGCGUUCCUCGCCGCUAUCAUCGCCGCCGCCGCCCGGGGAUACGCGAACUACCGAGAGGCCCAGGCCGCGGCGCUGCGGGAGGCAGCAUUAAAGUCCCUGGGGACAGAAGGCUUAUACCUGUUCUCCUCUCUGGAUUUAGACAAAGACCUGUCUAUCAGCCCAGAAGAAUUCAAGCCCAUUGCUGAAAAAUUCACAGGCUUGAUGCCUGUCACAGACUUUGUGGAAGAAGAGAAGUCACCACUCGAUUCCAGUGAGACCCUAUACAUAGACGAAAACCUGUCCCCAGAGGAAAAGCUGUCCAUAGUAGCCCGAUUCCAACCUCUGCUCCUAGAGACCAUGACGAAGAGCAAAGAUGGUUUUCUGGGGGUUUCUCAUCUCGCCCUGUCUGGGCUGCGAGAGUGGAGGACGCCCGCCUCACAGCUCAUGGAGUUCUCUGCUCGCCAGUUCAAGCCUUUCCUGCCCCCCAGAAGCAACAUGGAGCUGGGAGAGCCCUGGUGGAUCAUCCCCAGUGAGUUAAGCAUCUUCACUGGAUACCUCUCCAACAACCGCUUCUACCCUCCCCCUCCCAAAGGCAAAGAGGUCAUCAUCCACAGGCUGCUGAGCAUGUUCCACCCGAGGCCCUUUGUGAAGACCCGCUUUGGGCCGCAGGGCGCCGUGGCCUGCCUCACAGCCGUCAGUGACUCCUACUACACGGUGGCCUUCAGGAUCCACGCUGAGUUCCAGCUCAACGAGCCACCCCACUUUCCCUUCUGGUUCUCUCCAGGACAGUUCACUGGGCACAUCAUCCUCACCAAAGACGCCACCCACGUGCGGGACUUCAAGCUCUUUGUGCCCAACCACAGGUCUCUGAACGUAGACAUGGAGUGGCUGUAUGGAGCGAACGAGAAGAGCAACAUGGAAGUCGACAUCGGCUACCUCCCUCAGAUGGAGCUUGAAUCCCAAGGCCCCUCUGUGCCAUUGGUGAUCCAAGAUGAGAAUGGCAAUGUGAUUGACAGCCGCCUGCCUUCCGGAGAGCCCAUCCAGUUUAUGUUUGAGGAUAUUGUAUGGCAGCGGGAGCUCAGCUGGGAGAAGGCAACCCAACAGCUGGAAGUUGCCAUGUACCCCUUCAAGAAGGUCACCUACCUGCCAUUCACUGAAGCAUUUGACCGAGCUAAGGCUGAAAACAAAUUAGUGCACUCCAUCCUGCUCUGGGGGGCUUUGGACGACCAGUCCUGCUGAGGUUCAGGGCGGACUCUCCGGGAGACAGUCCUGGAAAGUUCGCCCAUCCUCACUCUCCUCAAUGACAACUUCAUCAGCAGCUGGUCCCUCGUGAAGGAGUUGGAGGAGCUUCAGAAUAGCCAAGAAAAUGAAUUCCACAAAGUGCUGGCCAACCUGCACCUGGAAAAGUACAGCUUUCCUGUAGAGAUGCUGAUCUGCUUACCCAAUGGGACUGUGGUCCAUCAUAUCAAUGCCAAUUAUUUUCUGGACAUCACUUCCAUGAAGCCAGAAGAUAUUGAGACUGGUGUCUUUAGCUUCUCCUCUACCUUUGAAGAUCCAUCCACAACCACCUAUGCACAGUUCCUGAAGGAGGGACUUCGCCGAGCCCAGCCCUUCCUCCAGCCCUAGAACCCCAACCAGAGAAGCACAGAGCUAGAUAAACUUUCUGAUUCAAGGUGGCGUCUUUCGGUUCCCAACUGCGACUGAAAUUUCCCCAUCAACCACAAGGAGAGAUAUGAUCCUAAAGCCAGAAUGGUUUUUGGCAUAUUUCAGUCCCACAGAACUGUCUCCCCAGAAUAAAGCUACCGGCCUUGGUCUCUUUGGAAACCCCAGCGAAGGUGUAGGGCUCCCUGUUGCAGGGUCAUUUCUUCACAUUUUCCUCCAACUGCUCCUGCUUUGAGGCCUAAAUGUUAACUUAGAAAAGAAAUAGGAUUGGAUUCCAAGGUGUUUGGAUGGGAAAAGGUGGCCCUGGUACCUGAGGACUUGGCAGCCCUGGGACUCUUCCUUUUGUUCUCCGUAGGGCUGUUCUGUUGUGUCUAGCUUUUCAAAAGCAAACAAGGCACCAAGACAAGAAUCUUGGUCCAUUUGGAAUGAGGAGCAUUGAUGAAAGAGAUUUGUUCUGGAAGGCACCAAACUACAGCUUGUUCCCCAAAGACUCCUUAGCAACCUUUCUGCUCCCGUGAAGUCUGGCCUGCCUCUCUCUGUUUCUCUUGUCUUCUUGCCCUCUGGCUCAGGUCAGAAGAGAAAAGGAGACCCGAGGUUAGGUACAGGUGUAGCAUCAGGAACGUCUCUAAGGGGCCACACUGGUCUCUUUUUCAAUGAGAAACUAGGCUUUGGUGAAGACCAAAGACACCCUGUUAGAAGACAAGUCAGGAGAGGACCAAUGUGGAACCAAGACCCUGCUCUGGAGCUAGCGGGGCUGGCAAAACUGGAAGGAACACCUGCUUCACAUUCAGCUCCUCCUGCCCGACCCCAUGGACACGACUGAGGAAUUAACCUCCUGCAUCUCCCUCAGGCUGAGCUGUGCACUCCAGCUCUGGCCUUGAGAAGCAGAAGUCAGGAGGCUUCCCUGCUACUGAGUCCAGUCCUUGAGUGUUCCCCUGAGGGCAACCUUGAGGCCACAUGGUGGGGUGAAAAAAUGGAGAUGUGGAGGCCAAAAGCCUGCAUCUGCUCAUCUGCAUGAGGCAAAACCCAGGUUUCAGAGAAGGAAGGGCCCACCCAGACUCAAAAGAGAGCCUCCACUGUACCCAGCAAAUGGUCAUCCAGCCCUGAAUGAGGGCACGCCCUUACAUGCCCUUCCAGCCCGGCUCAAGCCUGUAUGGUGGUUGCCUCUGCCUGGUGGAGCCAGGCAGGAUAGAGCGGAUCUCUCUUCCGGCAGACACCCGCUAAAGUCCUUGAUGGGACCUCAUUGGCGCUGGGUGCUCAUGAAGGAAAGGCAGUCUGUCCUCAAGCACAUCGCUCAGCUUCUGCAGGCCUGCUUGAGAAGUGACAAGGUGGGAUAGAGAACCUGGGGAGUUCCUUCGGAGUCUGCCAAGCCUCACUAGACCCUAGUUCUCUAGGAAACUGGCUGACAAGACUCUCAAACCCCUCUCAGCCAUAGCUGUAGGUCCCUGUCCCAGAAGGAGUUUUGCAAGUGAUCCCAAUAGGACUUUUUAGUCAGAGUUCAAGAAGCAUUAAGCACAUAGAGUGUGGAAAGCACUGAGAGUCUCUACCAACCCAGCACAGAUUCUUUCCAAAACAAUUAGAUCCAGCCAAGAACGUGACUUUUCAGGAAACUAGUAGAAAAAUAAUGAGCAUUAAAAAGCCAUAACUAUUAGAGAAAAUAGGAAACUGAGCUAUCCUCUGCUCUUGGGGCCAUAUCUUACUCCCUAGCCUCCCUUUGGGCUCUGUCCCAUAAUCCAGGUCAGACUACCACCUCCUGAGUUGGUAUUCAAGACCAUGGUGCUGGAGCACCAUUUUUAUAUACAUAUAAAAGUAUUUUUUUCUAUUUGUACUUUCUGAUCCACAAAGUUUGUAGAUAUUUUUGAUAACUUCACUGAGAAAGAAGAGGGACUUCUAUUCUCUGCCUGCAACUGUUCUUUAUGAUGGCUUGAUCCUAAACCCCAGUCGGGUCACGCUUGAUGUUUUCUUGACAGUAACUGGAAGGGAAAGAGAAUUCCCUCUUCUCUUCACAUUUUUAAACAUUCCCUUGAAUGUUUCCCCCCCCUUGGAGGGAACAGAUAUCAUUGUUCAAUGAUUGCCCAUCUGCCUUUGUCUCCUUUCCCUUAGGGUCCUCCUGCCCAGAUGAGGACAUCCUUAGUCUCCUUCCUUGGGGUCUGCAGGCAGUCCUAACUAGGCCAGUGACUCCCCCUAUGUCAGGGAUGACAGCUAACCACUCCCUUAAGGCUUAAGAAACAAUUUCUUUGGAUCCACUAGCCUAAGUUCCCCAAGCUCUCCCAGUCUUCAGGACCCCAGGAAAGGAUUAGUAUAGUUAUUAAGUGCCAAGUUAUAUUUUGGAGCAUGAUGGAUCUCAUGGAUCAACUCAUCUAUAGCAUUAGUCAAUAUUAAUGUUACCACUUUUUUAUUCUCUACCCACUGUAGCCUAACAACCACUGAAAGGCAAGGUUAUUUAAUAUAGACCAAAAUGUUUAAGUCCUUUUCCAGCACCUCCUUUCUUGAAAAAGGAUGAGACAACAGCUCAGCUCCAAUUCUUGCUUUGCCACUCUCAAGAGGUGAUGUUGCCUAUUAACAGUAUGAGAUGUAUUACAGGUCAUUGUUGAUUAGAAAGAGAAGGAAGAGAAGCAAAAUGCUUCCCCAAACUUUUCCUGAAUCAUGCAAUGCAAUUUGAAGUGUCCAAUAUAAGUGCUAAAAAAGACUAUAAGGAAUUUACACUGUCCUUCAUCCAGUGGUGGAAGUAAUUAAGAGUUAACCAUGGAGGGUUUAACUGUCUUUGAAAUGAAAUAUUAUCCCAUGUGACUAAUUGCUUCAUUUGAUUAAGGUUUUGGCUUAUUGAGUAUUCUUUUUACCCCAAGUCUCCAUGGUUAUUGUACACUACAGAUAGGGCCCAGAGCCUUAAUCCUGAAGGAACAUAAUGAGUGAGCUUUCAUUUCAUUUUCUCCUUUUGCCCUUUCCCUCUGUUGUAUAUCAGUGCCAUCCUUAUGUGUUCUAAUAAAGUCAUGGAAGUGUUCAUAAA